AUGAAUACCGGAGAAUAUGGCUACCCAAAAUUUAACUUCAAGCAGCAAGCACACCCAGUUUCCAUUCCGCCGCCACAACCAUUCAUAAAAUCAUUGAAGAACACCGUGAAAGAAACACUUUUUCCCGAUGACCCACUGCGGCAAUUCAAAGAUCAGCCACCGUCACGCAAAAUUAUUCUCGGAAUUCAGUAUAUCUUCCCAAUUUUCGACUGGGGAUCUCGUUAUAAUUUAAGUUUCUUUAAAUCCGACAUAAUCGCCGGUAUCACCAUUGCAAGUUUAUCAAUCCCUCAGGGAAUCAGCUACGCUAAGCUAGCGAACCUCCCGCCGAUAUUUGGCCUGUAUUCAAGCUUCGUUCCGCCGUUAGUAUAUGCGAUGAUGGGAAGUUCUAAAGAUGUAGCGGUGGGGACGUUCGCAGUGGCGUCGUUGCUAAUAGGUUCGAUGUUAGGUGCGGUGGUGAACGCCAAUGAAAACCCAAAGUUGCAUCUUCAGUUAGCCUUAACGGCGACGUUCGUCGCCGGAGUUCUUCAAGCUUCACUGGGAAUCUUUAGGCUUGGGUUUAUCGUUGAUUUCUUGUCACACUCUACGAUCAUAGGGUUUAUGGCCGGAUCUGCGAUUGUAGUGAGUUUACAGCAGCUGAAAGGAAUAUUGGGUCUCCAACACUUCACUCAAAGCACCGAUCUUAUCUCCGUGUUACGUUCUGUCUUCACCCAAACCCACAAGUGGAGGUGGGAGUGUGCAGUUUUGGGUAUUUGCAUCCUCUUGUGUCUCUUGAUUGCUAGAUUUGUUAGCACAAGACGACCAAAGCUAUUUUGGAUAUCGGCAAUGGCUCCUUUGACGUCAGUCAUCUUGAGCAGCGUUUUUGUUUAUCUCACACAUGCCCACAAACACGGAGUUCAAGUGAUUGGGGAAUUAAAGAAAGGACUGAACCCCAUUACAAUCAAGGAGUUGUCUUUUGGGUCUGAAUAUCUGUUUACAGCAAUCAAAACUGGCACCGUCACCGGCGUUAUUGCCCUUGCUGAAGGAAUUGCCGUGGGGAGAAGCUUUGCGAUGCUCAAGAAUUACAACAUUGAUGGCAACAAAGAGAUGAUUGCCUUUGGCAUGAUGAACAUUGCUGGUUCAUGCACUUCUUGCUACGUCACUACUGGCCCUUUUUCGCGUUCGGCUGUGAACUUAAAUGCGGGAUGCAAAACUGCAAUGUCAAACAUAGUGAUGGCAAUCACGGUCAUGAUCACAUUGUUGUUCCUGACACCAUUAUUUUAUUACACCCCGAUUGUCGUACUGUCUUCAAUCAUCGUUUCUGCAAUGCUUGGUCUUAUUAACUACAAAGAGGCUAUUCACCUAUGGAGUCUCGACAAAUUUGACUUUGUUGUGUGUAUGAGCGCGUUUUUAGGAGUGGUAUUUUGGAGCGUCGAAAUCGGAUUAGUCAUUGCGGUUGCAUUAUCGUUGCUUAGAAUACUCCUAUUUGUCGCGAGGCCAAAAACGUAUGCACUAGGUCACAUACCCGAUUCCUCAAUCUAUAGAAGCAUUGAUCAAUACCAAAAUGCGAAAACCAUCCCCGGAAUCUUGAUACUUCAAAUUGAUGCACCUAUUUACUUUGCUAAUGUCGCCUACUUGCGAGAAAGGAUUUUACGGUGGGUUGACGAGGAGGAAGACAAAUUAAAGUCCCUAGGGGGAAAUAGCUUGCAAUACGUUGUACUUGCAUUGAGUGCGGUCGGAAACAUCGAUACGAGUGGUAUUACAAUGCUUGGAGAGGUUAAAAAAUUGAUGGAAAGAAGAGGACUAAAGUUGAUUUUGGCAAAUCCAGGAGGAGAAGUGAUAAAGAAGAUGAAUAAAGCCAAGUUAAUAGAUGUGGUCGGGGAAGAAUGGAUAUAUUUAACGUUGGGAGAAGCCGUUGGAGCGUGCAACUUCAUGCUUCGUUAA